UGAACAGAGCAGAAGGCUUAAAACAUCGACCCAUGAGUUAUGAUGUAUCUACAGUACUGAAGGGGGCGCACCAUGCGGAAAGACCACAGGGUCAGUCCCCACCCUGCUGAUAUUGUAGACUUGCUCAUCCAGCCAGUGCCGGGUAGACCAACUUAUAGGCUAGCCAAAGAACGAUAACGAAAACUGAAAUACUUCAUGGACAACACUACCCACCCAAUCCAUUCCUCCCAAGAAUUCCUCCACAUCAUCAUGGACACCAGAAUAGAAGAGGAAGAGAUGAUGAUGAUUAUUCUUUGACAUAACAGCACUAUUUACAUCCCUAAACGCUGACUGAGCCAAAGAGACGAUGAUCACACUGCUGGAUGAACCAGGAUGGCGGGCACUCCAUGACACUAACAGAAGCAACACAGACAGCACCCUAAAAAUGCUGGAUAUUGCCUCACAAUCCAUAUACUCAAACAAAUAACCGAAAACCAAUGGGAUCCCCCAUAUCAGGAGUGUUAGCAGAAAAGAUUAGAAUGGAAAACGCUCCCCACUAUCCAACCCAAUUUCCGGGUCUGCUGUGUAGAGGACACCUUGAUGUUCUCACAUGCACAAGACUAGAAGAAACCCAGUGACAGACAAAUAUCCUCACCAGAGGAAGAGGACAAGAACACUUCCUCAGCUAUGGUAGAAUGUGAGAGCAACAGGGAACUCCAGACCAUUGUAUACAAAAUGUGUGCCACACAUAAGGACCAGAUGCCUUAUCACACCCAACAACUAUCCACCAACACCCGUAACAGAGGUGCAUCAGGACAUUAUUCAAACGAACCUCAACACACUGCAGCAACCUGGAACUGCUCAGAGCAGGCACGGAGCACUUAUACAGGAUUUUUGAAGGGAAUGGAUACCCAAAAAGCACAAUCUGCUAGUUGCCACAGGACAGGCUAUAACAAGCAGGUACAAUACAGUCAGACACACCAGUCACCCUACCGCAAAUGAGAAACCUAUCAGAGGUGGCCACAAGACACUUCAGACCCCGAGGUAUCAGGCUAGUCCACAAACCAACAACCACCUAUGACUGCUUUUGAUGAAUGCAUGGGAUCCCACACCCGGAACCAAUAUAAAAUACCAUGCAAGGAUAGUGAAAAACAUACAGGCCAAACUGGAAGAAAACUGACAACAAGGAUGCCCAAAUACCAACUAACCACCAAGAGACAUGACCAGUUCUCACUGAUUUUAGUACACAUGGACAAAGAAGGACACAAAUUUGACUGGGACAACACAUCCAUAACAGUACAAAGCAAACAGAGACAUGCUGGGGAAUUCCUGGAGGUCUGGAAUUUCAACUGGAACUCCAUCAACAAAUACAUUGAUCUGGACCCAAUAUACAAACCAGUGAAAAACAAAACCGCAAGUGACACCCACCACCCCAGCAAACCGAGGCAUAUAAAUAACAAGCAGGACAGAACACCAACACUUCACUGGAGGCACUCUGACGAUGUUACCUAGCAGGCAGAAGAAACAUCUGCAAUCAAACACACUGUCGUGGCGAGCAAGUCUAAAACAUGCACAACCUGAGCUGUUUCGUGACCAUGCUAGGUGGUAUUAUCAGUGGAGCUUCCGAUGAAGCGAUGUUCUUCUACUCCGCUUGGAAUUUACACUGUCCGGUCUGUUAUGGGUGUUGGUGCAGGUGGUUACAGCAUUGCACAUGGAUAACAAGGCAGAAUCAUCUAGACUGCAAAAUGAAAAUAUCUGUCAUUCUCCAUCACCACAGGCUUUGUUAGAGCAAUUGGUGAUGGGACAUAAGACCAAAAGUCAAUGACGUUAACAUCCAAUCCAGCCCAGUUGUUAUUAUGAACUGAACAUGCUAUAUUGAAUGGGGUUAACUGGAACUGUUUGUUCAGUGACUGUGAUUAACGUCAGUCUCUAUGGAUUCGAACUGUGUCGCAGGAGGCUUUCCCUCUUCUAUUACUAAGGGUCUCCAUUCACUGUGUUAUCCCAUAGUAUGAGCGGGAGCAUCAGCGACAGCACUAACAGGGAUCAGCAGCUGCAGAGAGAGGGGGAGGAGAGAUCAGAAUCUGCGAAUAAUAGACUGGAAUGUUACAACAAUGGACAGGGGUUUAUCCUGGAGUCUAUUCUUACUUACCGCAUCUUGGCCGACAUUACCACAUCGGAUACGAGGUGCACUGCUGAUUAUUCAGGCGGGUUACUAUCCCAUUCUCGCUAUUGUUGGUGUUCCUGUUAAUGUAGUGACGAUCUACGUCCUGCUUUACAAAGAUUGUGGAUUGUCUCCAUGUGUUAGACGUUACCUGGGGGCCAUGGCACUGGCGGAUCUACUGGUCAUUAUCCUCGACCUGAUAUUGAGACACAUUCCCAUUGUUUAUAACGAACAAUUUUAUUUCCUGUUCUCCAUCCCCGUGUGUAAUAUCCACGCCGUCCUGCUUUAUGCAGCCACCGACUGUUCUGUCUGGUUCACCGUCACUUUCACCUUUGAUCAAUUUGUGGCCAUUUGUUGCCAGAAGCUGAAAAGUAAAUAUUGUAGUGAGAAAACGGCGGCUGUGCUUCUGGGAACAGUGACUGUGCUGAGCUGUUUAAAGAACAUUUUCUGGUAUUUUAUGCUCACAGCUCGCUAUUUCCUGGUGAACAGUCCCUGGUUUUGUUAUGCAACUCUCGGUGUUUUUUUCUCUCGUUUCUGGAUCACAAUCGAGUUCCUCCACCACAUGCUGACCCCGACUCUCCCAUUUCUCCUGAUUCUGCUGCUCAAUGUUUUCACCGUCAGAUACAUUUUAGUGACCAGCAGAGCCCGCAGGAGACUCCGGGCUCACACCAAUGGGGACGUUCAGUGUGACACAGAAAUGAGAAAUCGAAAAAAAUCCAUCAUUUUACUGUUUGUGAUCUCGGCCAAUUUCAUCCUAUCAUGGGCAAUGUUAAUGGUGUAUUCUAUAUGGGUCCGGAUGUCUAAUUUGGGGUAUGACUCAAUGUAUCUAGAUGCCUUUGUGCAGGAAUUGGGUUUUAUGCUGCAGCUCCUCAGUUGCUGUGCAAACACCGUGAUUUAUGCCGUGACCCAAACUAAGUUCAGGCAGCAGCUGAAGAAUGUGCUGAAAUAUCCCAUUACCCAAAUUCAUCAAUCAAUCAAAUUCACUCAUUAAUCAAUCCAUCCAGGAUUUUCUCAUUUCAGUUCAAUGUUUCAGCAAUAAAGCAGCCUGUCGCUAUGGUAACAGACUGAGGGUAGUGCUGGCUUAUCAAACCUUAUCCCACAGGGGGUUACAGGGAAACAUGUCAAUGUUUCUCUCAACUCACAGGCCAAAGAGAAAAGGCACCAUUCCACUGACUGCAUCCGUAACUUCAAUAUGUAAUUAAUGU